UUUUAUUUUAGCAUUUAUAAGCCAGGAGGAUUCUUGAUUCUUGUUAUGACCAUGACCUAACCCUCAAGAACUCAAAUCCUGACAAGCCCUUUUCUUGCUGUUGCCUGGUAAGUCCUCUUCUUGUUUCUGUAAGUCUCAACUUCAAAGAUUAAUACAGUUACUGUGAUAUACACACACAUAUAGAUACUCUUUAGUCUUUAAUUAUGUCUGCUUUUUGUUGCAAGCAAAGUUCUAUACUUCUUGCUAGGUUAGCUGUAAAUUCAAGAAUUGCUGUUACUUCUAAUUUGGGGUUUCAAAAGUUUAGAUUUUUGGUGAUACCCAUCAAUUUUUUGUCACAUGAAAGAAGAUUAACAUCCCUAGCAGAUAGGAGUGUUGAAGAAAAGCACUCAUUUGCAGUGACUUACCUUGUAGAUUCAUGUGGGUUAUCCCAGCAAAAUGCUGUCCUUGCAUCGAAAAAGGUGCAUUUUGAAACUUCAGAUAGGGCUGAUGCUGUUUUGUCUCUCCUUAAGAAAUAUGGAUGUGAAAGUUCCCACAUUUCGAGAAUUAUUAGGAAAUAUCCCAAAGUGCUGGUGGCUGACCCGGAGGAGAACCUUAGGCCGAAACUUGAAUUUUUUCGGUCAGUAGGCUUGUCAGGACGGGAUCUUCCUGAAUUUCUGAUGUCGACAACCAACUUGUUGGCUUAUGGACUAGAAAAUAAAAUUAUUCCGGUUUAUGAAUGUUUCAGGAAUAUAGUUGGUUAUGAUGCAAAACCUAGUGCUCUCCUGAAAAGCUGUAAUUGGUGGGUUCCGGGACCUGUUGCACAAAGACAAAUUGUUUUAAACCUUCAGCAUAUGGAAGAACUUGGAGCACCUAGAGAUAUGAUUAUGUCUUCGUUGAAUUUUUACACUACGGUGUAUUUUCAAAGAUCUGCUGUUUUUGCUGAAAAGGCAAAGAAGCUUAUUGAUAUGGGACUUGAGCCUACAAAAAUAAAUUUCGUUCAAGGACUUGCUGCAAUUACAAAGAUGAGUGUAUCAACUUGGCAGCACAAAACUGAAAUUUAUAAGAGGUGGGGAUGGUCUGAUGAAGACAUUAGAAUGGCUUUUAGAAAGGACCCUUUGUGUAUCCGUCAUUCUGAGGAGAAAAUUAUGACUGUGAUGGACUUUCUUGUGAACAAAAUUGGUAUCGGCAGUUCGGAUGUUGCAAGAAAUCCCAUUAUCGUAUCCUUCAGUUUGGAGAAAAGGACGUUUCCAAGGUCUUCGGUGGUCAGGUUUCUGCAGAUGAAAGGCUUUGUAAAUAAAAAACUUCGCAUGAGUAGUUUUCUCAAAUUGUCUGAGAAGUUGUUCUUGGACAAGUAUGUGACCAAGUAUCAGGAACAAGUACCUCAUUUAUCGGAUCUUUAUCAAGGGAAUCUGGAUAUCAAAGAACUAGGGGUUGGAUUUGAAGAUAUGAAUUGGAAAACAUAUGUGUAGACAGUUGUUUAUUUGUUUCCAGUGGCAAGUUGCAGCAAGCCUACAACAUUUUCUUUUUAUCAGGACAGGACAGAGUGAUUGUGAAUUCUAAUCAUCUAAUGACAAUUACAGUUUAUUAUUUUCUUUGUCUGCUAACCAUUUAGUAUCCAAGUGGAACCUACUUUGCAAACUGGAAGAUAUGUGCAUCUAUGUUGAUAGACAAGAGCUUAUGGCUGGAAUGUGGAAGCAAUUUUUUUUAAUUGCAUGGAUGAAAAUGAAUUAUGUUUCUAUUGAGAGGCCUUUUUUUCUUUUUCUUUUUUAUUUCUACAAUAUAGUGAGACGGCACCUGUGAGUAGAGUGGAGAGCUUGUGCACCAUAUUUUAGGCUCUUAAAUUACAUGUAGGAUUGAAAGUCACUAUGGACAGGGUUCGCGAUGACCGGAUGAGAGCAGGGAUGGAGUCUGGGGAACCACCAAAUAAGAUAACAGUGUGUUAAGGACUUAAGGGUGGUUACAUGACCCUACAGUUGGUACUUGGUAGUGCAGUAUGUGGGCGAUAACCAGUACUUUGCUUACCACAUGUGUUUAUAUAUUUUCACUGUUCUAUUCCUUACUAAUAUUGCCAAACAGAUUUUUGUACAUUUUUUCAUCUUUCAAAUUUUCAGCAAUUUUUUCUUAUAAAAUGGAGAUUAUAAUGGAGGGGGUCUCUUUAUUCUUAGAAGCAGAGCUUGUAUCAUAUUUAAAUAUAAUUAUGUCGAAUAAAAUAAUAUAUGUGGCUUUAACAUUUUACUGAUAAUUUGUGUAUCAGCAGGUGAGUUUAAGGUUCCCAUGAUAAUGGUGCUUAAUGAAACUUAAAGUUGAUUAGGUCCCUCUUUGCAUAUAUUUGAGUUUUGACUAGCUGUUCUGCACAUAUUUGACAAGCACACAUGACCAUUUGCUCCUUUUUAUGUUCACAAUGGGUAAGAGCCACGAUUACAACUUACAAGUAUACAAGUCCUCUUUGUUUACUAUUGAGUCAAUCUCACGAUGAUGUAAAAUGUCCUGAUAUUGAAGAAAUUAGAGUAUGUCUUUCAGUACAGAUGUGAUAUGAGCCAAUUAAAUUUCUUGCCUGCUAUGUUAUUUACUUAUUUUUGUUUAGGUUUGAUUGUGCUUUCUACUUCUCGACUUUUAAACUGCCAUAAUAUUCUUCUGCAAUAGUCUCUUUUUUUUUUUUUUUACUUGUGCACAUAGUUUGUAUGGUCUCUUGGUUGAGAAGAUCUUUAGCAUAUUUGUGGUCUAUACCAAUGUCUCUCUUGAUACUGCUUUCUAUAUCUGUUCAAUAUUACCUUUAUCAUCUGUUACGGGGUUCAGCUGUUGUAAUCUUUAGUCUAGACCGAACCAAAACUGUCUAAUGCGCCUCAAACAUUGGCGCUUUGGCGCUAUGUCUCACAGGUUUGGAAAGGUGAGAAACACCAAUGGUCCGAAAAAUGGUAGAUGUCUGCAGUUGCAAGCAUACGAACCUUGCCUCACAUUAUCCUAGGUCUGCUCCUAUCAUGUCUGCCAAAAGCAAGGAACAAGAUUGGCCACCUCUUGUUCAAUUCGAAUAUCUGUUGUCUAUGGUCCGUCAGGGAUGUGUUCAGUUAUAAACAACUUUGAAAGGUAGUAUUGAUUAUAUUGUUAUAAGUUAUGGUCUGUACUUUUGAAACCAGAAGUCGGAAGUGAGAAAUGUUCAGCUUUUUUUGGAUUUUUAUAGUGAUUUUUAUUUUAUUAUGAAAUUUUUAAAAUUUUAAUGUGUAAUAGAUUUUAUAUAUUAAUAAAAUUUCUUGUAUUUUAUUAA